AUGUCUUCUCAGCUCAACGAUAACGCGAGACCUGCUCACUGCUCGGCUUUCCUCCAGCAUCUGCUCAGCUACCCGGUCAUCAGCGACGGCGUUCAUAUUUUCAAGUCUGGCAAAUACGGCCAGAGGUCCCUCCAAUUCGGCGACGCCGCUUACCAGACUUUCGCCGCUCCCGUCAUGGCUUGGUUCCAGAAGCCCUACCAACACCUCUUGUCUUACAUCCAGAAGGUCGAUUCCUUAGGCGACAAUAUCCUCCAGUACGUCGACAAGCGGUUCCCUACUAUUAAGAAGCCAACCGAGGAGCUGUACAAAGACACUAAGGGCCUUAUCCUCCUAUCAUACCACAAAGGCCUCGAGGGUAAAGACCACGUUCUCCAGGUUUAUAACUCCGAGUAUAAGAAGAACGAGCAAGCAGGCCUUGCCGCCCACGGAAAGGCUGCUGCUACCACCGUCCCCGACGCCAGCAAUGAGGCCCUCUCUUGGCUCAGCUGCUUCUUGCACCCGCAGAAGGCUGAGGCAAGCAAUACAGCCAACUAA